AUGGCGCUGCCUCUGCCGCCGGGCCUUGUGCCCUCUGAGGUUGGAUUUCUUUGCGAGAUGGAGCUCGUCACCGUGGUCCCGCGACAGCGUCUCGAGCCCAUUGCCCUGCUCUCCGGCGAGACUCCGACGCUGCGGCCCCCGCACCGGGCAAAUAUCCCGCUCUGGCUCGCUCUCCUUCUCAAAAAGCAGCGGCGCGCCAACAUCGUCGCCCCUCCCUGGCUGCACCCGGACUCCCUUCGCGACAUCAUCCACCACGAGACGAAGAUUGACACCAAGGGCUGGGCACCGCCGCCUCCGCCGCCCGCGCGCGGGGACGCCCGCGGUAAUGCGCGCCGCUACGGCCAGGGUGCUAGAGACGGCCAAGAUGGCCAAUUGGGCGUUGAUGAGAGGGUCUUGUCGCCGCCCUUCCUCCCCUCGUGCACGUCCGAUGCCCCCGUCGGCGCCCUGCCCUAUCACUGGUUCGAGCUCGCCGAGAUGCUCCUCGCCCAUGCCGCCGACGAUGUACCCGCCGCUGCCGAGGUCCGUUCCCUGCUGCGCGACCUGCAAGAGGUGCGCGCCGCGAAGAUGCGUGCCAGCACGGCCCAGCUCGAGGUUGGCGUGGACGGAGUCAUGAGCCUCCGCGGUGUCGGCGCCAUGGAGCUCGCUGAAAGUCGGGGAUUCGUCAUCGGCGUCGUCGAGGGCGUGCGUAAGAUUGGGUCCAGCGCCGAGGCGGUACGCCGCGAGGAAGAGGAGGAGCACGGUGGACGGGGCGACGAUGACGAGCCGAGUGAUGACGACAUGGGUCUGUGA